AUGGAAUCAAUCAAUCCGUCAUCAGAUAUUUCUGUUGGUUUACAAACAGCAUGGCUUCUUGCCACAUUAGGUUCAAAACCAAGUAUUAGAUCAAAACUCAUCAAGAAAGAUAUCUUGAAUAUCCUGAUUCCCAAAUUAUGUAAAGAAUUAAGUGCAUCUAAAGAAAAUCAACAUCAUAAUUAUAACAAUGAAUAUGAAAAUAAUAUUAGAUAUGUUUCUAAUAUUAUGUAUGGGAUAUCUAUUUUAUAUCAAACCAAGAUAAAUUAUUUCAUAACUGAUUUAGCAACUAUUGAAAAUAGAUUAAGACUUAAUAAUCAUAAUAUAUUAAAUAAAGGGAAUUUAAUCAUAAAUAACAAUCAUGUGAUAAAAAAUUUCAAGAAGAGGGGAAGAUACUUAGAUGACGAUCCAUGUUUUAGUAUUCAAUUAGGAUUACUUCCUCCAAUUAUUGAAGAACUUGAAAAUAAUGAUGAAAGUGAUUCUAAUAAACGAAGAAAACUCAAUAUUGAACAAAGGGAUAUGGAAAUAUUUCCUAUUUCUCAAGAGCAAAGUCAAGGUGUUGCCAAUCCGCUAGGUUCAGCCAUAUCUAAUGUAAUUAAUGAUGAUAAAGAUGUAUUGAAUGAUAUGAUUGAUCGAUUAGCAGAUGUAAGCACUCAAUUUGAUCAUAUCAUUGCAGAUGAUUUUCAGUUUAAUGAAGAUGGUGAAAUAUUAGACAUCGGAGAAAAGAAUAUGAACAAAAACAAACAUCGAGAGGAAGCACAAUUAGAAACAAGCAAUUCUGGAAUGGAAUCACUAAUGGACAUUGUGUUUAUAGAAAACAAUGAAAACGAGGAAAUUGUACAACGUCAUGAGGGUAAUGAACAAGAAGGAGGUAUUAGCAAUGACUUGAAUUUUCAUACCAAUGAAACAACAAUUGCAUCAGAGCUUCCACAGAAUAAAUCCAUUCCACGACGUAGGUUAAUUAUUGACAACCAAUCAAAAUUAACUAGCGAAUUUAUUGUUUCAUCUACGUUAAACUAUGAGUCAAAAAUGGCAAGUUUAAUGGAUCACAAGGAAGUGUUACCACAUAACUUGGAUGAAAUAUAUCGCGCAGCAAUAAUUGAAGGUGGUGCUUAUCUAAAAUAUGUCAAUCGAAUAAUACUUCCUUGGACAAAUGACGGUAGCUCAACGACAGAUCAUUCUUCAUUCACUAGAACGUUGAGUGUUUUACAAAGAACAGAAGAAGCUGUAACAGGUGAAGAACCCACUGAAGAAGGAAGAGAUACAGUUAGGGGUAGAGGGUUUAAUUUACACGAAGAACUACCAAUUGACAUAAUUGAUGAUCACCAAGUUCAACAGAAUGAAUUGCCAGAAGAAACCCAAAGAAUAUUUGAUUUAGAAUUUGAUUAUGAUGAAGACCCUCCUCUGAUAGAACUUUCUACCAAGAGUAGAAGUUUGACUGAUUCUUCAAUUGAUUUGCAUACUCAAGAGGGAGAUGUUUUAGAUAAGAAAUUGAGAAAGUUUUAUCGAUAUUUGAGAGAUAGAUCUGGUGAUUUGGGAACAUUAAUCAGUGGAUCGUAUUCAAUUUUAAAACCAUCUCAGAAUUUAACAACCCAUACGGAAGUAUCAUUUGGUGAUUUUUACAAGACCAAUUUGAACAAUUGGUGCCACGUGACUCGAAAAUUGAAGAUGAGUUACCAAUUAAUAGACGUAUUGCUGCUAAUUCAUUUUCAAGUAUUCUUACUUUAG